UAAAACGGGCGGCGGCGGGCCGGCGAACUACAACCUGUGUAUCCUGGUUUAAGGAGACGUUCACAGACUUCAGUUGGAGAACAAGACGAAAAAUCGGAAAGGCGGAAGUUUUUCUGUAUUGUACCGAGCAGUUUGAUGAAAAAGGACAGCGUCAUUAUGGUGGAUCAAGUCUGCAACCGGACGCUCAGCAAGAAGCCUCUGCUGUCGGACCCGCAGCUGUUCGAAGCUCAGUUCGAGGAGCUGCUGACGGAGCUAACGGAGAGAGACCUGACCGACCCGGUGCUGGCUGACGCCCUGAGCAGGCUCAGAAAGGUUUUGGUGUACAAUGCACCUGGAGGCAAGAGGAACCGAGGGCUGUCUGUGAUUGGUUCACUGCGAGAGCUUCUUCCACCUGCUGAACUCACCCAGGACAUAGUGCAGAGGGCUCUGGUGAUUGGCUGGUGCACUGAGCUGAUUCAGGCGUUUUUCCUGGUAGCCGACGAUAUCAUGGACGCAUCACUGACUCGGAGAGGACAGCCGUGCUGGUACAAGAUGGAUGGAAUCGGUCUGGACGCCAUCAACGAUGCUUUUCUCCUGGAAUCUACCAUCUACAGACUCCUCCGCCGACACUGCAGGGAUCAGCCCUACUAUGUUCACCUACUGGAGCUGUUUAAUGAGACGGCCUACCAGACAGAACUGGGUCAAGCUCUGGACUUAAUAACGGCUCCUCCUGGUCGGAUCGACCUCAACAGAUUCACCAUGGAGAGGUACAAAGCCAUCGUAAAAUACAAGACGGCCUUCUACUCCUUCUACCUCCCGGUGGCGGCGGCGAUGUUCAUGGCAGGAAUCAGCAGUGAAGAGGAACACAGUAAUGCCAAACACAUCCUGCUGGAGAUGGGGGAGUUCUUCCAGAUCCAGGACGACUACCUGGACUGCUACGGAGACCCGGCCGUCACCGGGAAGAUUGGAACCGACAUCCAGGACAACAAGUGCAGCUGGCUGGUGGUGACGGCGCUGGAGGUGAUGAGUCCGGAGCAGAGAGCCGAGCUGGAGGUUUCUUACGGCCGUAAAGACGAGGCCAGCGUUAGAAAGGUCAAAGCUCUGUACGACUCGCUGCAGAUGCCGAGGCGUUACCACGACUACGAGGAGGAGAGCUACCAGCGGCUGCAGAAACUCAUCGGCCGCCACGCCCAGAACCUCCCUCACUCCAUCUUCCUCAACUUCGCCAAGAAAAUCUACAAGAGGAACAAGUGAGAGGCUCCAUUGAUGCACAGACUGAGUUCUCUCACUUUUAGAAACGGGGAUUUUUUCAGGUUCAACGCUGAAAAGACGGAACUUUUUGUAGAUGUUUGGUUGUGAAUUUGUUCUGUGUUGGCUCAUUACGGUCUCCAGUCAGAGGAAUUCAGCAGGUUUUAACGCACGGCAUACUUCUGAUUUUGUAGAAAUAAAUUUAUUUUUUAAUUCCUAACAGAAACAAGUGUGUAAAAAGUGAAUGCAUCCAGGCGGGAAACUCAUCAGCUCUGUUGGUUCCAAAUCGUUUUAUAUACUGCUGCUAUAAAUGUCUGUACUUGCCUGGAUGCUGUUGCUUUAAAUAAAUAAUAUAUUGCUAGUG